UGUGGUGUGAGUGGGCUGGAGCUGUGCAACAAAGACUGUAGCUGGGCGGAGAGCAAGACCAUCGACCUGUUCCCCUACGACGCCGGCACCGACAACGGCAUCUCUUACAUGUCGGCAAACUCUGAAACGAUUCCCCGCGAGAAGAUGUAUCGCAUCACGACGAUGUACCCUGAGGACCCGCGCGCGCCCUUCUACAACCCCGGGGGCGAGCUGCGGCCCAUGGCGCGGCUGUACAUCACACGGGAGAGCCUGCUGCCGCGCGGCUGCGACGAGGACACGCUGCAGGCUCUGGUGCUCGAGGAGGCCGAGAACACGCAGGCCGUCAAUCGCCCGGAGUGCGGGGUGACGGAGUGGAGCGCGUGGUCUGCGUGCUCGGUGUCGUGCGGCAAGGGGCUGCGCAUGCGCACGCGCACGCGCGAAUACCGCAUGCCGCAGAAGGCCGCCAUGUUCGCCUGCGACCGCCAGCUCGUCUCCAAGGAGAUGUGCGUCGCCGACGUGCCCGAGUGCCCCGAGCGCGGCGCGGCGGAGGCGGAGGUGGAGGCGGAGGCGGAGGCGGUUGGAGUGCCGGAGGUAGCAUGCCGCACGACGGAGUGGGGCCCGUGGAGCGAGUGUUCGGUGACGUGCGGCAUCGGCAUCGGCACGCGCCGCCGCACCUUCCUCGACCACAUGGGCUUCAAGAAGUGCCCGUUGGUGCCCACCGAGGAGAAUCGUAAGUGCAUGGAGCCGCAGUGCGUGGAUGCGGAGGCGGACGCGGGCUUGUCGGACCCCGCGUGCCCCACCACCGAGUGGUCGGGCCGGUCGCCGUGCUCGGCGUCGUGCGGGCGCGGCGUGAGGUUCCGCACGCAGCUGCCGCUGGUACCGGCGGACCGCCAGCAGGAGUGCUCGGCGCGCGUCGAGCUGCUGCAGCAACGGCCCUGCCAGGACCGCGCCGACUGCGCCAUCGACAUGCCCACAGCUAAACGUAUCUGCAUGGAGGCACCGGAGCAAGGCCCGUGCCGCAGCCUGUACCAGCGCUGGGCAUUCGUGGCGAUGAAGGGCAUGUGCGUGCCCUUCAACUACGGCGGAUGUCGCGGCGGACAGAACAACUUCCUCACGCAGCAGGACUGCAUGGACACCUGCAUGGUGCUGCUCGGUGAGUACAUAUGUACCUGUGCUACUGCUACUGGAAACUUAUUUUAAUUAUUUUCAAUGAUA